AUGUUCCACUUUGUGCAACCCGCUGCGUUCGAGUCGACAGCUGUCCCCUUCUCGGCGAUGCCCUGCGAGUUUGACCCCCGCCGCCACCACCGCUCGGCGACCAGCGCCUCCUCCCCCUUCGGUGCCACCCUCGCCACGUCAGCGCCCGCCGGCUUUGACUCGUUCGAAGAGUACGACGAAUAUCGCUCCCGACAAGAGCUCGAAGCGCUGAUCCGUGGUCAAGAACAACGUCGUCAACGUGAGGCCGCAGUCUUGCUCGCUCGUCGUCGUCAAGAGGCGGAGCAGAUUCGUCAGCAAGCCCUCCUCCGCGCCCAGCAGGAGCAGCAGCAGCGUGCAAAGUAUCAGGCUUUAUUGGAGCAACAGGUGGGUUUUCUAACCUUUUAUCUUGCUCAUCGCUGUCUAGAAAUCAUCUCGAAUGUCGUGUAAACUGACUCGAGUCUCGCGUCACGUGAUGUCUUGCUACAGGCCGCGCAGCUCGAACACCUUCGCCAGCAAGAAGAGAUGAAGCUGCGCACUAAACGCGAGAUCGAGCGACGUCAAGCAAUCCAAAAGGCUCAACAACUGCAACAAAAGCAACAAAAGCAGCAGCAGCAGCAGCACCCCCUACUCAACUCGUUAGACUCGACUACACCGCCUGGCUGCCCUGCCCGUCGUCGUCGUCAGCCGCUCGAGCACUCCACCGGACUCCGUCGCAACCACCAGGCCGAGGUCCAGCAUCCUUUCGCACCUUUGUUCCGCAUGCUCUUCGACUCAGGAGAAGAUGAACAAGACCAAGACCAGAACCCUUCUUCCACCCCAUCUGCUCAAACUCCCGAGUCGACCAAGCAGCAGGUCGAGACCACUCAAGCUCCUCCCGCCGCCUCAGCUCCCGUCGCUCAGCCUCUUGCCUCGACCGAGCCUCAAGUUGCGGUGUCUGCCGACAAGGACCAAGAAGCUCCAGUUGAUUCCCUCGAGGAUGUUCUUGGUUCACUCUUCAAGUCGCUCUUUGGCGUCGACGUGAAGGCGAACGAACAGAGGGAAGCCAAAGCCGCUCUCGAAACUCAAGCACCGACGGCCAAGAGGGAGUCGUCCUCGACUGCUCCCAUGGCCGCCGCCGAAAAGAACAUUCAAGUCCCUAUCGAGUCCUCCUCCGUCGACGCUCAAACUCUCGACCCGGUCGAGGUCCGGAUCGAGGCUACCCAGGAAAAUUUGGUCGCAUCGGCUGAGCAGGAAUCGGCGGCAGAGAAGCUACAGCGUCACUACCAGGCUCAUCUACAACGUCGCAAGGCCCUCGCAACACUCUCAAGCCUCUCGGCCCAAUUCGAGGCUCGUCGCUCCUCGUUUGCCGUGCCGCAAGCGCUCGAGUUUCAACCUUCGCCUCCCCCAUCGGAGCAUCCCGACUCGACUUCGAACGAGGUAGCCCCCAAACUGGCGUACAAGUCUUCGAACGCUCCCUUCCUCGCCUACGAAGACUUCUUGGUGAACCUGCUAUCCAAGAUUGACGAGGUGCAAAGUGGUGGCGAUCGUACAAUCAAGUCGGCUCGCAAGAGCUUGGUCAAGGAUGUUGAAGCUGAGCUCAAGACACUCGAUCAAGCUCGUGACGAGGCGUGGGAGAAGGUCUCGUCGCAGCACCAACAUGAGAAGAUCUCGGACGGUGACGAUCAUGAGAACGAAACCCUCAAGUCUCUGAUUCCUGCUUCUGAGGAGACUACCGCCACCGGCGCCGCUGCUCGACCUACCGAAGUCGCCACUGCUACCUCCGAGAUCGCGCACGCCGAGGCAAGUAGUAUUGCCGAGGAUGCUCCGGCCCCCACCCCGGCAUCUGCACCCGAAACCGAACCAGCUCAAUCCAACGAGGACAAGCCCAAGGUCGAGCAAGACGACGAAGCUACUACUUCGACCGAAAAGGCCGCCCAAGUCACCGACUCCGAACCUGUAUUUGAAGUCGCUGCCCAACCUCCAGUCGUUUCGACCCCGACCCCUGAGCCUGUCCCCCUCACACCCGAAGCACUAGCCAAAUUAUCUUCGCAUGCCGAGCGACGCAGGCGGCAUCCGGAAGACGACGACAACUCUUCGUCCUCGACGACAACCCUCUUGGAAUCGUCACUUGAGAUCGAGGAAGCACUUGGCGCCAUCUUGGCUCAGGCCCGGAAGUUGGGCGAGCAAGUGGAGCGCAUGGAGCAUGCGGAGGUCUGA